GACGAAGGGCGUUAUCUUCAGUGCCGAUCACGUGAACCUCCCUCAAGCCGGAGUCACCACGUGUCACUCCAAACUUCCACUGACAUCAGAUAUCCACAUCUCAUUUUAUACUCUCUCUCAUAGUAUUACUGUGUAUAUAUAUAUAUAUACAUAGUCACAGACCUGGUAUGUCUAUCCACUUGUUCUGCGGGCAUCGUCAGCAUCCCAAGGAUUGAUAGGAAUUGAACAGAGGUUUCGAGAUGGAUCACGCAGCGGACGCUCACAGAACCGAUUUGAUGACCAUCACUCGCUAUGUGCUCAAUGAGCAGUCCAAACAUCCUGAGUCUCGCGGUGAUUUCUCCAUCUUGCUCAGUCACAUUGUUCUUGGUUGCAAGUUCGUUUGCUCUGCUGUUAACAAGGCGGGUCUUGCUAAACUCAUUGGACUAGCUGGUGAAACCAAUGUCCAGGGCGAAGAGCAAAAGAAGUUGGAUGUGCUGUCAAAUGAAGUUUUUAUCAAGGCUUUGGUCAGCAGCGGCCGAACAUGCAUACUGGUCUCCGAAGAAGAUGAAGAAGCAACAUUUGUGGAGCCGUCUAAGCGCGGAAGGUAUUGUGUUGUUUUUGAUCCGUUGGAUGGAUCUUCUAAUAUCGACUGUGGAGUUUCCAUUGGAACUAUUUUUGGGAUCUAUAUGGUGAAAGAUGAUCACGAGCCAACUUUAGAUGAUGUGUUGCAACGUGGGAAGAAUAUGUUAGCAGCCGGCUAUUGCAUGUAUGGAAGCUCCUGCACGCUUGUGUUAAGCACCGGAAGUGGCGUUAAUGGAUUUACCCUAGAUCCAUCUCUUGGAGAGUUUAUACUAACCCAUCCAGAUAUUAAGAUUCCAAAGAAAGGAAAGAUCUAUUCAGUCAAUGAAGGAAAUGCAAAGAACUGGGAUGGUCCAACAGCAAAGUAUGUGGAAAGAUGCAAGUUCCCCAAAGAUGGUUCAUCACCAAAAUCUCUAAGAUAUAUUGGAAGCAUGGUAGCUGAUGUCCAUCGCACAUUACUUUAUGGGGGUAUCUUCUUGUAUCCUGCUGAUAAGAAAAACCCAAAUGGAAAACUGCGAGUUCUCUAUGAAGUUUUCCCAAUGUCAUUCUUGAUGGAACAAGCUGGAGGUCAAGCAUUUACCGGCAAGCAGCGGGCACUUGACUUGGAUCCGAAGAAGAUACACGAAAGAUCCCCAAUAUUUCUGGGCAGUUAUGAUGAUGUCGAGGAGAUCAAGGCGCUCUACGCUGCUGAAGAGAAGAGUGGGUGAACCUUAUUUACGCCUUGGUGUUGUGCAGGUGCUAUACCUAAUUACUGACUAUUUAUUCACAAAGCAAAGCCUUCCUUUAAGGUUUACUUGUAAUGACAUGCACAAUAUAUUGAUAAAAUUGCAUGUUUGGUGAGUUCUCCACUUGAAUUGUAGCCAAGUUUAUAAUACUUUGUGCAUUAUAUUUCUAUUA